UACAUAAGUACCCAUAAGUUCAAAGUGUCUGAAGCGGACAAAGUGGCGAUCAGGCCGACAUAUGAGAAAUAUCGUUAUGAGACCCCCGGAGACGAUGUGUAUGAUGACGAGUAUGAUGACGGCUAUGAACAGAAGGAGUUCACCGUAGAGCCACUAAACGCGCAAAUUUCAUCGGAUGAAAGUGAAGGGGAAUCGACAGAUGAGCCGGUAGUAGGAGACGCGGGCAAACCCAGAGGAGGUGGACGGAGGCCGACAGUACAGAAAUACUACCCGCGCACCCAGCUAAUAUUUCUGCAGGUGGUUCGAAUAACAACGCCAAGAAUGCUAGUGAUACCGGAGCAGAACACUUCGCGUGGCUCCUCCUACACUGGUGGUCGACAACGCCAAAUGAAGGAGCGUCACAAAAAUGCGUUCAAGCAACGAGGAGCUGACCGAAAAAUGCGUGGCGCAUACUAG